AUGUCUCCACCUGGGAUGAGAUAUGGAUAUGAAAUCGAGCUGGCAAGAGAUGAGUGGUUGAUGUGGAUGGACAUGUCAGCGGCCAGGAGCGAGAUGUCAGCUAUUGCAGCGCAUGAUGGAGACCAGAAAGCCGGUGUAGCAGGCACAAAGCAGCAGUGGCAAUAUUUCCGCAUGCAAGGGGAAGCAGUCAGCCCUAUGUUCAUGAGUCAGGGAUGA